UAUGAUUGCAUAAGUUGGGCAUUGAUUUAUACAGAGAUAGGAAUCUGGCGCCGCGUGUGAUUGUCAUGGUCGAAAGGGAAGCCACGUCUGGGGCGUCGAAGUCAUGGGCACCGGCAGUGGGAGGCAUUCUGAUAGCUUCCUUCGUCGGCGUGUGUGUCCAGAUAAUGUUCUUCUCGCCCAUAUCCCCAGACCCAGUUCUUGAAUUGCCUUCUGCCAGCUCCUCCUUUCCCGCACUCAACAACGAGUUGCAGAAGCUAAGUAAACUGGGAGAGGGCUUUCUGAAGGGUCCGGAAGAUGUUUGUGUGGAUUCAUCGGCAGGUAUUGUAUAUACCGCUACCAGAGACGGCUGGAUCAAGCGAAUCCAUCCCAACGGAUCUUGGGAGAAUUGGAAGAACACCCACUCCCAAACUCUGCUUGGACUCGCCCAAUCCCCAUCCAAGGACGGCGGAAUCCUCGUUUGUGAUACUCAAAAGGGCAUCCUUAAGGUGAAGGAUGAUGGGUUCUCUGUUAUUGUUUCUUCACAUGUGAACCAAACCAGAAUUAUAAGCUUUCCAGACGACGUGGUGGAGGCGGCAGAUGGCAGCCUUUACUUCAGCGAUGCAAGCGCUAAAUUUGGACUGCACAAUUGGUAUCUGGACUUUCUGGAAGCGAAACCUCAUGGUCGCCUCCUUAAGUACGACCCUUCCUCAAACCGAGUAUCCACCCUUCUCGAUGGUCUCCGUUUUGCCAACGGCGUUGCUCUCUCCGCAGACCAACGCUAUGUGGUUGUCUGCGAAAGCUUCAAAUAUAGAUGCGUCAAGUAUUGGGUGAAGGGGGAGAAGGAAGGGGAAACGGAAAUAUUGAUCGACAAUCUUCCGGGAUCGCCAGACAACAUAAACCUGGGUCCGGACGGGUCGUUUUGGAUCGCUGUGAUCCAGCCGGUUCGUGAUGGGUGGGAGUGGUUUGUGAGGUGUAAGAUGGGAAGGCACAUUCUGGCGAGUUUUCCGAGUAUGUAUGAGCUGCUUGUCAGCGGCGUAGGGCAGAAAGCGACGGUGAUCAAAGUGGGGGCGGAUGGGAGGAUUAUUAGGAGACUGGACGAUCCUGAUGGGUGUUAGAAUUGGUCAAUCCAUUAGAAUAGCUUG